UCGACAGAGAUUGUAAGCAUUCUUUGAAAUAAAGAAUGUUUAACUUUACCAUAUUGACACCCUCUAGUGGUGACAUCUCUUGUCGAGCAGCCUUACUUUCUUUUGAUAAUGAGAUCAAGAUACUAGCGGACCCAAGUUGGAAUGGGAAAAAUCCAGAUGAUAUUCUUUUCAUGGAAAGCCACUUGAAAGAGGUCAAUUUGAUUAUAUUAUCCCACUCCACCCCUGAAUUCAUAGGUGGAUUCAUCUUGUUAUGUGUCAAAUUCCCGAGCUUAAUGUCCAAUAUACCAAUUUAUUCUACCUUACCGAUUAAUCAAUUAGGAAGAAUAUCGACAGUUGAAUAUUACCGUUCAUGUGGGAUCUUAGGUCCAUUGGAAUCAGCGAUAAUGGAGGUAGUUGAUGUUGAUGAAUGGUUUGAUAAAGUUCAACCAUUAAAGUAUAACCAGGCAUUAACUUUAUUCGAUGGUAGAAUAGUCAUGACACCUCAUAAUGCAGGACAUACCUUAGGGGGUACUUUCUGGCUUAUCACAAAAAGAUUAGAAAAGAUUAUAUAUGCACCAUCUUGGAAUCAUUCCAAGGAUUCGUUUUUGAAUAGUGCAAGUUUCUUGUCAACAAGUACCGGUAAUCCUUUAUCUUCUUUAAUUAGACCGACUGUUUUAAUUACUAACACUGACCUUGGUUCGUCAAUGUCACAUAAAAAGAGGACAGAGAAAUUUUUACAAUUAGUAGAUGCGACCUUAGCAAAUGGUGGUGCAGUAUUGUUACCAACAACUCUAUCAGGGCGUUUUCUUGAGUUAUUGCACUUAGUUGAUGAGCAUCUUCAAGGAGCACCUAUUCCAGUUUAUUUCUUAUCCUACUCUGGUACUAGAGUGUUGAGUUAUGCUUCAAAUUUUCUUGAGUGGAUGUCUAGUCAAUUGUUUAAAAGUUAUGAAGAUUUUGCCGCUGGUGAUGCUACUGGUCAAAGUAAGCUUCCUUUCAAUCCUGCUAAAGUGGAUUUAUUACUGGAUCCCGAUGAGCUCAUACAACUAGCAGGUCCAAAAAUUGUCUUUGCUUCAGGUAUAGAUUUAAAAAAUGGUGACAUGUCUUCGCAGGCUUUACAAUACUUAUGUCAAGACGAGAAGACUACAAUCAUUUUAACCGAAAAGACCCAUUUUGGUUCAGAAGGUUCAAUCAAUGCACAACUAUUUAAAUCAUGGUAUAAUCUAGCAAAAAAGAAACAAGGUGGUCAAGCUCCUGAAGAUGGUGUCGCAGUUCCAUUCGAAGAAACCAUAUCACUAGAUAGUUGGACUCGCGAAGAGAAGCUUAUUGGUGGUGAAUUGGCCGAAUUUCAACAACGAAUUAACAACCAGAGACAACAAAAGUUGCUCGCUAAAGUAAGAGAAAAACAAAAUGAAAAUUUAUUAAAUACAGACUCUUUGAAUGCUGAAGAUUCAUCCGAAGAUGAAGAUGAAGGAAACACUACGGAAGAAGAAAGAACCGAUGAACAAAGCGCUGAUCCUUCAAAAGCCACUCCAAGUAUAAAUAACGGUCUAGAUUCAAAAGCAAUAGCAGUCAAUCAACUUUCAGCCCAUGAAACCUUCAUUACAGACUAUGUCAAAGAAUCACUAGAAGCAUACAGACCUUUGGAUAUCAAAAUCACUUAUAAACUUAGACCUAGACAGGCUAUGUUUCCAUAUAUUAGUAAUAACUAUAAGCAAAACUUCGACGAUUAUGGAGAAGUUAUUGACGUGAAAUCAUUUCAAAAAGCUGAUGAGUCUUCUAAUAAAAAGCUUAUUAUGGAAAGCAAGAAAAAAUUUGAAAAGAAAUGGGGUAAUGAUAAGGACGGGAAUAAAAAAGAUAGUAAAAAUAAAAACAACAAUCAAAAUAAGCUCACGCCACAAGAACAACUUAAUAAUGAAUUAUUACAAAAUAAUUUAGAUACUUUAUUUAACCCAAGGAAGAGAGUACCUCUUACAGCCGCAUCUACCUUUUCUAACCAAGCAGUUGAGCUAAAAGCAAGAUGUGGAUUGUCCUUUGUUGAUUUAUCAGGUAUAGUUGAUAUCAGAUCUUUGGGGUUGAUUGUGUCUGCAUUAAAGCCAUACAAUUUAUUAUUAUUACCAGACUUGAGUAUAAAAAAUGAUGCAUCUGAAGAACUAGAUGGCUUGAGAACAGUAAGACAGGUCUUCGAGCAACAACAGGAAGAUCAGCAAUUGGAAAACAGUAAAAAAUCCAUGUUCACUUCAUCUCGUUUCCUUUCCUCCUCCGCAAUAAGAAGUGGUGUAAGUGGUGGUUUGAACAACAGUUCAAAAAUGAAUAUCAUAUCCGUCAGCAAUAAUAACCCUGUUGAAAUUGGUGGGGAUGGAAGUGGUGUCGGUAUCAAUGAUUUUGAAGUCAAACUUGAUGAAAAGUUGAUAGAAUCUUUGAAAUGGCAAAAAAUCGCUGAUAGUUAUAGUAUUGCUCAAGUAUAUGGGAAACUUGACGUGAGAAACCCACACUUCAACCCCCACAAAAAACAGAAAACAGUGGCAGAUUAUAUUAAUCCAUCCAGUGAGUUUAUAUUGAGGCAUCUUCUGAAAGAAGAAUAUUUACAGAAACAACAAAAAUUGGUUCAAGAUAAAAAAUUGGCCACUGCAGCCCAAUUAAUGAAUAGAAGCGGGCCUAAGUUGGCCAUUGGUAAUAUUAGACUACCUGAAUUGAAGAAAAAACUCUUGAGCAAGAACUACAAUGCUGAAUUCAAGAGUGAAGGUACGCUUGUUGUCAACGAUACUUUGGCAAUUCGUAAAGUAGCCUAUACUUCUUCGGAAACUGAUGACACUGGGGAUAUAGUUAUAGACGGAAUGAUGGGUCCAUUAUAUUACGAGGUUAAGGAAUGCAUAAGUGAAAUGCUUGCUUAUGUUUAAUGAAGCAAAAUUAUAAUACACGU